GGGUCUCUGCUUGGCUAUAGUGAUUGGACCAUGUUUGUUUGCCAUGCUCUCUUGGUGAUCUGCUGCCCAUAAUAUGUCUUGCUCUUUCAUAUUUCUGGAAUCUAAUUUCAUUUGCUUAGCAACAGCUACCAGCCUUUUGGGAGCCCCAGAAAGGUAAAAAGUGGUUGUAAACUGUCCUUAUUCUAGACUCUGCAAAACAAACUGCAGUAUUUGGGGACCAUGGCUACAGACCCACUCUCAGAGCUUCAGGAUGACCUGAACUUGGAUGAUACCAACCAGUCCCUCAGCCAGCUCAAACUGGCCUCCAUAGAUGAUAGGAGCUGGCCAGCAGAUGAAGCUCCUGCUUUUCCUAAAUCAGAGGACUCCAAAGGCUCCCCUGAGCCCAUCACUCACUUGCAGUGGAAUGAUCCCUACUAUGAUAUUGCCAGGCACCACAUUGUGGAAGUAGCAGGUGAUGACAAAUAUGGAAGGAAAGUAAUUUUGUUCAGUGCCUGUCGAAUGCCACCAAGUCAUCAACUUGAUCAUGUGAAACUGCUGGGGUACCUGAAAUUCACACUGGACCAGUAUGUGGAGAGUGAUUACACACUGGUGUACCUGCACCAUGGCCUGACCAGUGAGAACAAGCCAUCCCUGAGCUGGCUGCGGGAUGCCUACAGGGAAUUUGAUCGCAAGUACAAGAAGAACAUCAAAGCUUUGUAUAUUGUACACCCAACCAUGUUCAUCAAGACUCUGCUGAUUCUCUUCAAGCCUCUGAUCAGCUUUAAGUUUGGACGAAAAAUUUUUUAUGUGAACUUCCUUAGUGAGCUGGAGGAGUAUGUGAAGCUGGAACAGUUGGGGAUCCCAAGCCAAGUGCUGAAAUAUGAUGAAUAUCUGAGAUCCCUGCAGAAGCCUUCACAAGUGCCCCAGAGGUCAAUACCUCCACGCCCACCACUGCCAAACCAACAGUUUGGAGUCUCGCUCCAGCAUCUCAGGGAGAAGAACCCUGAUCAGUCUCCUGUUCCUCUGGUGGUCAGAGACACCACUGCUUAUUUGCAGAAGCAUGCUCUCACUACAGAGGGGAUUUUCCGCAGAUCGGCAAAUACGCAGGUUGUCAGGGAGGUCCAGCAAAAAUACAACAUGGGCAUGCCUGUGGAUUUCCAGCAGUAUGAAGAUGUCCACCUCCCUGCUGUGAUUCUCAAGACCUUCUUGAGGGAGCUGCCUGAGCCUCUCCUCACUUUUGGCCUCUACAGCCAUGUUGUCAACUUCCAGAGUGUGGAGGAGGUGAAUCGUGUGGCUGUUGUUCGCAAAACACUCCAGACUCUGCCAGAAGAAAACUAUGAAGUGCUCCAUUUACUGACAGCCUUUCUGGUGCAGGUCUCUGAUCACAGUGACAGAAACAAGAUGACAAACACCAACCUGGCAGUUGUGUUUGGCCCAAAUCUGCUGUGGGCCAAAGAUGUAGCCAUUACCUUAAAAGCCAUCAACCCCAUCAAUACCUUUACUAAGUUCCUGCUCGACCACCAGAAGGAGCUCUUUGAGAAUGUGGAGGCCUGA